AUGGCGAUCCAGCAACGCAAGCAAUCGAGCAUCAUCCUUACUUUCAAGGUGCUUCAGUUUGUUAACCAGCUUCGGCGUCGUGUCAAGCCGCGAAGACUCGAAGCCUCAAUCGAUCCAGUCCAUCUUGGCACCGACACAUCUCUUGGCCUCAAUAGCAUCUCCAAUGGCUUGUCACGGAUCAGCAUCAAGGAUGCGAAGCAGUCGCGUCGUGACGCCCACCGCGUCUGCAAGACACGCAAAACCGGGCCGAAGACAUGCAGGCCAUCACUAAGACUGCAGACACCGGGCUCGGAUGUUUCCGCAAUCCCAAACGUAACUAGCGAUGAGGUGCAACAUAUGCUUAGUUCCGUCGACGGCAAGCUCAGCCCUGUAGGAAACGCAUUCUCUUCCAUUGCGGGUAGUAACAAGCUCUUUCUCAAACAUAGCGGCUCGCCGAUCUUUGAGGGCUGCUCCUUGAACCAGACGGUUCAACUCUUGGUAACAGUGCAGGAUGCCAUCGAUGUCCUGUCCGACUGCCGCUUACAGUACGGCGAUGGCUGGCUACUGGCCCAAGGCCACGAUGUCGGACUAAACAUGGACGAGAACUUCAUUGCCAACUACGAGCAUAUGCUGCUACGACUCCGGGCGGAGUUGAUCGAGGCUCUCGCACGCAAGGCCCUUGAAGAGCUACUCCGUGGUGGGCACGACAAGAAGCAGCGCAAAAUGCUGAGCUGGUUUACUGAGUUUGCCGAGAAGCCGCAGCCUCUCAGUACGUCCUUUCCAUGGACCAUUAAACCCUCGCUCGCAGUGUUAUGGGGUGUGUGCUGGAUGUUUUACGAUAGCCCUCCUGGAGAACAAGCGGCCAAAUGUGGUAAUGACCGCGUUCGGCAGGCUCGAGUACUCCGGCACCUUGACUUCCAAUGGAAUGCUCCAGCAUCGUCCGACUACCUUGACCUCGGCCGCGCGCUGAUUGGUACGCAGCCGCAACACACUGCGCAACAGCAAACUGCGGGCAGCGAGAGUGUGGGCCUUGACAGCGAUCUAUUCCAGGCACGAAACACGGAAACCUGGGAAUCCGAUCUGAGUCCCAUGGACUUUAGGCUCCCGAACCUAGCGGUUAGUCAGGCUGGUGUGAAUCGGCCUCCCGCUAGGGCGGCAUGCCAAAGUACUUAUUACGGCGCUGCCCAGCAACAGCUCCCCGUAGUUCCGUACGAGAAUAAUUAUUUGCCUCACUUCCAAGGCAAUCAGCCACUCACGGUGUACCCGCAUCUUGGUCCCGACAGCCUUCAUAACUCUUGGCAUCCGUACUCUUCCUUGCCACAGCGAAGUCCGCGUCAUCAGUUUUCUUCUCCACAAACUCCGAGUAUUCAAGUCACCGGGGCGGCGGAAAGCCAACGGUUUACUCAGCCACACUCGGAAUUCGCGUCCUUUGGUGGUAUAUAUCAACUCCCUCGCCAGCCUCAGGCCUCGCCACUGAACCUCAAUCCUCCCUUUGAAUUCACACAUCCACCAUACAUGAUGGGGCCCACACUACCUUCCGAUAGUACGACGGUGCAAGCGCCACAGAUUACUAUCAAGCACGAGCGAACCUCUUCAAUCAACUCAAAUAGUAUGCCAACUCCGGUCAGCAUAUCAGGCCCUCACUCUCCUAUGCUAUCUCCAACGUCCGGCGAGCAAAUGCAUCUGGCGACAAGCCCCCAUAAUCACGAUCGGCGCGACUCUGUUGACUCUUACGAGCAAGAUGGCGACGAUGACGGAUCGCUACGUAAGAACCACAGCUACAAGCGCGCUGAAGAGCCACCGCGCAAUAAAGAUGGCAAGAUGAUGUGCAGGCAUCGGGAAUGUGCGGAUCUAUUCUUUGAUCGCAAAUGCGAAUGGAGCAAACACAUGGACAAGCACGAUAGACCCUACAAGUGUCUCGUCAAAGGCUGCGAGAAGCUUCAAGGCUUCACCUACAGUGGCGGCCUUCUACGUCACGAGCGCGAGGUGCACAAGAUGCAUGGCGGAACCAAGAAGUCGCUAUUCUGUCCUUUCGCGGACUGCAAGCGGAGCUCCGGCGCCGGCUUCACGCGGAAAGAGAAUCUUGCCGAGCAUAUGCGCCGCGUACAUCGCCGGACGAGCAUGUCAGCAGAUAUGCACGGCUUGAUUAUUCGACGAGACAUUAUGGAGCGCAGCCCUAUUCCAGAAUCCCGCGUCGCUUCCCAGUCCCCGUAUACGCGCGCCAUUGACUUCCGCGAGGAUGAUGAGCUGACUCUGAAGCGCAAACGUGAGUCUGACUCUGGCCUUUUGGAUCGCGGGAACGAGGAAAUGCGUGCGGAGAUCAAGAGGCUGAGGCAAGAGAACGAGGAGAAAGAUACACGGUUGCGCGUGCUUGAGCAAGCUGUCACUGCGCUUCAACAGAAUAACAGGUAA